GCGGGCAGCCGCUCCGCUGCCGGCUCCCCGAGGGGGCGCUGGGCGGUGCUGAGGGGGCGGUGCGCAGGCGCGGUGCGGGGUGGUGCUGCGGGCGGCUGUGAGGCGGCAGCUCCAUGAGCGGGCGCUGCCGGGCGGUUGCCGACUCCCUGCUGCGGGGGCUUCUCGGCCCCGCUGCCGUCAGCCUGGGCAGGAGCAUGAGCCUCUACGGGGUGCCGGCCGCGGGCGGCACCGGCACCGACCCCGGCAGCUUUUCCUCCUUCUCCUCCUCGGCGCGGCUGAGCCCGCCGUGGCUGCGGCUGCCUGAGGUGCCGGGCGCGGAACCGCAGCGGGCCAACGAGCUGCUGCUGCUGCUGCCGCCGGCCCCGCGCGGCCUCGCCCCCCCUCAGCAUCACGUCGUGUACUUCCCGGGGGACGUGCAGAACUAUUAUGACAUCAUGUCUUGCCACCCAGAAAACUUUCAGUGGGAGCACUGGAGUUUUGAAAAUGUUGCUACCAUACUUGCUCGCCGAUUCCCUAAUAGCUUUAUUUGGGUUGUAAAGUGUUCUCGAAUGCACCUGCACAAAUUCAGUUGUUAUGAUAACUUUGUGGCUAGCAACAUGUUUGGAGCACCAGAGCACAGCACCGACUUUGGAGCUUUCAAGCAUCUCCAUGCAUUGCUAGUUAAUGCAUUCAGAUUCUCUCAGAAUAUUCUGCUGUCCCAGAAAACCGUGCAUGGUUUCAGCAAGGAUGCAAAAAUAUCUGCUUGUAAAUCACAGCCGCAGUCUGUACCUACAGCAAAUGGCUGCUCAUCCACAGAAAGAGAGAGAGAUUGUGAAUGCUCUAAUAAUUCUGCUAUGGACUUCGUUAUGCCGUCUGCUGUAGGUGCUGUGUCAUUUACUUUGAUUGGCUUCAGUAAAGGUUGUGUGGUUUUGAACCAGCUGCUUUAUGAGCUGAAGGAAGCUAAAAAAGACAAGAAUACAGAUGCCUUCAUAAAAAACAUAAAAGCAAUUUACUGGUUGGAUGGUGGUCACUCAGGAGGAAGCAAUACUUGGGUUACUUACCCUGAAGUGCUGAAAGAACUUGCACAGACAGGAAUUGAAGUUCAUGCUCAUGUUACUCCAUACCAAGUGUUUGACACAAUGAGGUCAUGGAUUGGGAGAGAGCACGAGAAAUUUGUACAGAUACUUGAAGAACUUGGUGUGGAAAUAAAUGAUCAAAUACAUUUUGCUGAUGAAGUUCCCUCCUUAGAUAACCAUUUCAGAGUUCAUGAAGUAUUUUGAGACUGUAUGUAUCUGAGUAGUAUAUUCAUUGCAAAAGCACUUUUGACACUAAGUCCUGACAUCUAGAUUUACAACUUUGAGUAGAUGCUUUCUGAAGAGAAUACUAAAUCAGUCCUGCGUUACUAAUGGAUACUAUAUAUGCAUUUCAAUAGCUUAAAAAGGAGGCUUGGGACCUCCUACCUACAGGAGAUGUCAUUUGAUUCCCGGAAGGAAAAAAAAAAGUUAUGAAGAAUUAUUCUAUAUGUUUUGUGUUAAGUGUGAGCAUUUAUUGUCAAAAUGUUGACAGAAUUUUUAGUCCUGGAUGUCCAAAGUUGUAUACUGCCUCUAAUGGGAAUUUUAAGUGCUGAAGACCUUCAAAUGUCUGGAUACUUCAAUUUAGUAGCUUUCAGGGCUGAAAAUUUUGGUCUCUGUCAAUAGCAGGUACAGCAUUAGUUUUUCGGCAUAAGGAUCGUGGUGAUUGUUACGGUAGUGUUAGGUAUGUAUUUUGGUGAAAACUGUUUUCAAUAGUUAAUUAAAUCUUCCAGUUUUGCAACAUUUCUCCUAACUGAAACAAAAUCUCAAGUAUUUACCUUUGGAAUAAUUGUGCCAAUCUGUUUUUCUUCUUUAUGAGCGCCUUGCCUUUUCUGUGGCUAUAAAUUUUCCUUAACUCAUUGCCUAGCAUUUUCUAGUGAAUAGUCAGUUUGCCUGGGGAGUUUGAAAAUUUUGACAUAAUUGUGUCAAGUGACCAAGAAUGUUCAUAAGGGUGUAGUCUAUCGCUGUUUCAACAUACCUUGCUAUUGCUUUGACUAACUUCUAUAAGGACUAGCAGAAAUAUCUGCAUUUUCAACUCAAGACGUCUCUUUAUCCCUUCUGACGUUGGACUGGUGAGGUUUUUCUUCCAAAUUGCAGCAUUGGUGUUCAUCUAAAUCUGGCCAUAAGUACAUGAUGAGAAGUUGCAUAAAAAAUAUUAGACUGUGUUGACUGUAGCUGUUUAAUAAUGCUCCCAUUUGCAGAACUGUUCUCUCCUUUAGAUGUACUGCAGUAGCUGUUAAUACAGCCACCCAAAAAAUCUAUUUUCAGAGCUCAGUGAUCAAUACAGAAAACAAAAACUUAACAACUCUAAUUAAAUACAAAGCUAGACAAAUCAGAUGAAAAAUGUAUAAUCUAUUUCAGGCCUCAAACCUGAAAGUUCUUCAGAAAAAGAAAAUACUGAAAGAUGGACACAUGGGGAUAUUACCACAACUUUUCUACUGCUGUAACUAACUUUUUCCAUUUAUCUACAAAUAAAUCUUAGGGAAUCCCUUGUAUAACAACUGCAGCUUUCAACAAUAAACCUGUAGCUUAAAAUGGUUCUGGAUUUUCUGGAAGCACAGAAAUACAAAAGCAAGUUAGCAAAGCACUGUGAAGAUCACACAAACAAAUGCAUCUCAAUUCUGAAAAAAAGUUAUUAUACUCACCUUUGUUCCUGUGUUUGACUGUUUGGCAAAACAUUCCCUCUAUUUUUUGCUGCUUCUUACUCUUACGCUGUGGAAGGAAGGACCUGUGUCAUCUUUCCUUUGUUGGCAUCCUUUAAAUUUACAGGGUUCACUGGAGACAGUAUUUUGACAACUCUUGCAGGGGUAGUGAACAUGUUAAUGACCAUUGAAGAAUGAGAAACGUGUGUUGAACUCUUAAGACGACUUCUUUCUACUGCUUUUAUUGUUUUGAGUGUAAAAAGAUUAUGCAUGCAGUAUGUGCCUUAUAAUGUAAAAGGGAGCUCUAUCACUAAUAAUUAGACCAUAUGUAACAACUUGAUCAAAAGUGGAAAUAAUCUAUUUUAAUUGAUGGAGAAAAGAGCAACAUGCAAACCAACUCUAGUAUUUUGCAAAAGAAUCUGAAAUGUAAUUCCAUUUUUUUUAAAAAACAACAAAAACUUUCUUGGAGAUUUCGUUCAAUCCUGUUUACUGAUUACCUACCUUUACUGAUAGUGGGCUUAUAAGAACUUUUCUGUUCUAAGGGAUGCAUUUCCCUUUAUUUGUCCUCUUGAUAACAUUUGCAGCAUAUGCCAGGACUCUUUCCUGUAAAGGAAAUGUGGAUCACCUUAGAAAUAGUUUUAAUAGCCUACACUUGCCUGCAAAUUGCUUGAAAUAUCUUUGAAUAUCCACAAUUAAAUUGAAAUAAAGUAAACAAAUAUACCACUGCUCUUGUUCCCUUACAGUUCAAUUUCAAUAUUUUCAAAAUUAACCAGACUAAUUUGGGUAUGCUAAGACUUGCCCUAUCCAAUGGCAGUGCAGAUCACAGACCAAUUUCAAAACAGUUUAGUGCUAGCCAAAACAGCAGGAGCAGGUUGUUGCAAGCUUUGGAAAACAGUUGUGAAAACAUUGUCAUCAUCUCCAGAAGUUUCUGAAUGGCUGUCCUAUGAAAAUAAUAUUAAUCUGUUUGAUGGAGGCACCUUACAAUAACUGUUAAAAUCAACUCAAUUGUUGCUGUAUUCCUUUAAAGAAUAAGCACUUUGUUGUAAAGCUUGUUGCUAAUCUUGUCGUGAGACUUAACGUUGUGGAGUUGAGAACUGACUGGUUGUUUUUCACUCUCUUUAACAGUUCUAGUUCUCUGUUGGAAUGUGCCUCUAUCGUUCACCAUACUGCAUGCAAAAAUGUUAUGCAAUGAUUGUAGAAAAUGAACUAUUUCUAAUAGGUGAAAACACUUCAAUGUGAAUGUAAAACGAUGAAACAAGGAACGUGCAGUUAAGUUCUCUGCAUUAUGCUUUAUCAGGUGUUUGUGGAGACCUAGUUUAAAAAAAUGAUAUAUUUGGUAGCAUCUUUUUUUCAAGGCAGGCUUUGUAUUAGUGUAGUUGGCAUCUAUAAUUCUCAAAGAGCUUACUGGGAUCUUGUAUACAUGGGAAAGCCGGUGUGAAGUACCCAAGGAUGUGAACAUUUCUAUGUUUGGAUGAAAUGGGUCAUAGUUUGUAUAUACCUGCUUCUGGAUGUGAAAUAUAAAGGCAGUUUUAUAAUAAGCUUAGAUGUAAAUGCAUGUAGUUAAGUUGCUUACUUACAGUGUUUAGUUCAAGACUUAUGUUUCUGAAUGGAGUAAGGAACAUUACACUGUCUUUAGUGCGAUUUGGUAUGUAAUAGCUGAUAUUCUUUGAUACAUGCUUGUUUCUUGCACAGCAGGAAAGACAUUCUUCAGAUUUUGAGAAAUGCUAAAAUUCUUUAAGCCAUAUCUAUUAAAAAUCCUUUUAAAGCAAGGCUUGGUUAUGUGAAAUUGUCCAAAUUCCAUAUGACUUAAAUGAUUAUACUUUGUGUGUAUCUUAAGUACUAGAAACUUAACUAGCUUUCUUCCUAUCUAGGGCUAAUUUAAUCACAUUUCUGUAAAUGCUUCUUUAAUAAAUCGGGCCCUAAUUUUGAAAGAUGGUCGAGGGUCCAAAUCUUAACAUGUUGCUGGAAGGAGCAGUCUUUUCUGUUCUCCCAGUGUCUUGCUGCCUCCCUUAUAUUAGCACUUGCAUUUUAUGGUACACUGCUUUAUCUUGCUAAAUUAACAUUAUUGCUUUUACAGAGAUAACUAAUGGGAAUGCUAUGUAUUUGAAUAGUCAUAGAAGUUAUUUUAAGAUUGCAAAGUCAGUUCAGGAGUUAGGAUAGUAUGUUACGACUGGAUAUUCAUGGAUAAACGUGAUUGAUAUUUCCCAACAGAUUCUUUUCGAGCUAUUUGCAGAAAGAAAAUGUCACCUUCUUUUCCCCUCCCUCUUACAGUGCUAAGCUAACAGUUCCUUCCUAAGCUAAUAGUUACUUUGCCAACUCUGUGGAUAAGACAGUAUUUGUCUUUGCUUAGAGAAUGUAAGUUGAAGCACUGAGUUGAGACUAUACCCAUCCAUUUACCUAGAGUGCUUAUUUGUAUGAGGUUCUUAUUUUUCAUAUGCUCAGUGGAACGGUGUAUGUUUGCUAUUUUCUUGAGAUCUGGUUCGAAGGCCUCAAAGUGGACACUUGUCAGCUAAGCAAAAUAACUGAAAACUAUCUCUUAAAAACCUAACAAUCAAUUUAUCUGGCAUCACAUGGGAGCACAGCAGGAAAGGAAGGACAUGGAUAAAGUCAAAUUCUCCAAGGAAACUUCAUCAGAAGUUGAUUACUUUUUCCUCUUCUUGUCUUUGUACGAGCCUAUGUCUCUCAACCCUGUCAACUGGCCUUAGCUUUUUUAGUUUCGUACUUCUGAGAAUAAUCCUUUUUUGUCUGGUCUCUUUCAAAGAGUUCACAAAAUUGUAAGACUAUUUUGGACUUGUAUAGUAUUCUCUAUCCAGGUAACUUAAGCUGCUUUGUGAGUACGAUUUUGUAAUAACAAUGAUAAAAAGCGUUGCAAGGAUGAGAGACGUGUUUUAUGAAGAGUCAUAGGAUGUGAUUUGACAGUCUGUAUUCUUCCUGUAUGCAUUCUAUAUAUUCUAUAUGAGUUUACAUACUGUACUGGUUUAACUGUGUAAUAUAUUGAUCUUGACUGGAGAUCAAGGUAUUAUUGCACUGUGUCUUGAUAAUACUGAAAUAGCUAUAGUGCCAUGUGUGUUUUAAUAUAGGACAGCGUAAGUCAGUGUAGUCUACUACUGGUAAUCUGCCAGGUGGAAACCAACACAGUUGCUUUAGCAUAAAACCUGUAUUGAGCUUUCCCUUGAUUCCUAGUACUAUUGUGAGGAUCUUGGCUUCCAUCUUUCAUCUAAGCAAUGUAGCUGCCUGUGCAAAGCUGUACUUAAUGUAAGAGAGAAGUUGAAGAACUGUAACAAAAAACAAUUGUAAUCUGUGUGCUGUUUUGUGAGCCAUGCCUUUAGGCACCACCUAGCAGAAUCCACGAACAUGAAUUUUGGUUCUGGUGUAUCUGUGUAAUACAAAAAGCACAGGCCCAUGUCGCAGACUGCAAUCCACAAAGACAAAGCCUGUUAAAAUCACAUUUUGGAGUUACUUCUUCAGAAUCUUUUAAUCUUAUGUUGAAAUCUAAUUUCAUUUUGUAAGGCUACUAUAUCAAAGGGGGAAAAAAAAAAAGGUUACUUCUGAUGUUCAUAACUUGACUUCUAAAUAUUGCUGAUCGAGACCCUGAGGCAAAGGCUAGUUUUCUCUUGAUUUUAUUGAUCUCUUAAAUCUGUUAAAAUGCAAGGUGACUGCUCUUAACUUGAAUAAAAUAGUAUGAAGCCAUU